AUGUCAGGACUUGACAAGCACGACCCCUCCUCCCAGGUGCUCGAGCGUCGAAUCGAAGAUGUCGAGAAGGACAUCACGUCCGUGACGAGCAGGGCGGAGACUCAACCUGCUGCUGGUAUCGAUGCGGAGGUUGCAGAAUUCUUUGCGACGCAGGGAAAGGGACCCAUUGAGAUAGACGAGGCGACGGAUCGGAGGUUGAGGUGGAUGAUUCACAAGCGUGUCUUGGUGGUCAUGGUCGUCACGUACUUUGCCCAAACGCUCGACAAAGGAACGAUUAAUUUCGCGUCCAUCAUGGGGAUCGUCGAUGACACGCACCUUGUUGGACAACAAUACUCUUGGCUGACGACUUGCGUGUAUCUUGCCAUUCUUGCCUGGGAAUUCCCUACGAACAGACUGAUCCAAAGGCUGCCGAUUGGGAAGUAUCUUGCCUUCAACAUCUCUGCGUGGGGUGCAGUCCUUGCGUGUACCGCUGCAUGCAAGAACUUCACAGGUCUUGUCAUCGUCCGGACAUUCCUUGGCAUCUUCGAGACCGUUUGCCAGCCUGCAUUCGUCUUUCUGUCGACCAUGUGGUACCGACGUGAGGAGCAAGCACUGGUCAUCGGCGCGUUCUACUCCAUGAACGGUUUCCAGCAAUGCGUUGGCGGUUUGCUUGCGUACGGCGUCGCCCAUAUCCAAAAUCAGCCCCUGAAGAACUGGCAAAUCUUGUUCACUCUGCUUGGAUCUCUCACCUUCGCUUGGGGAAUCUUCGUCGGUUUCUGGCUUCCGGAUUCCCCCAUGCGGGCCACGUGUUUCUCGCCUGAGGAUCGUCUGCUCAUGGCGGAGCGAUGGUACCAAGUCCGCGAAGCCUUCACUGAUCCUGUCGUGCUGAGUUGUACCUUGAUUUCUUUCACCAAUGGACUCCCUCCUGGCGGUCUCGGCGCAUUUUCCAACCUGAUCAUCAGGGCGUUCGGUUACACCACGCUACAAACGUACCUCCUCGCCAUCGCUCAAGGGGCAAUCAUCAUGAGUUUCCUCUUCAGCGCUGCCUACCUCUCCAGGAGAUACAACCAGAAGGUACUGUUUGGAAUCAUUUACACAUUGCCUAGCAUAAUCGGCACCAUCGUAUUCUUGACCGUUCCAACCGGGAGUGACACGAAAGUUGGCCUCCUGAUUUCAUUCUACCUAACGAUGGCAUUCGGAGCGGUGUCGGUCCUGAACCUCGCCAUUAUGUCGAACAAUGUCGCGGGGCGCACGAAGCAAGUCGUCGCUUCUUCCCUCGUCUUCGUUGCUUGGGCCGUCGGGAACGCGGUCGGCCCACAGGUGUUCCGCUCUAACGAUGCUCCGCGAUACACGAAAGCGUUCAUCGCGCAUCUCGUGGUCUAUUGCGUGCAAAUCGCUGCACUCUUUUUCCUUCGUCUAUACCUUAUGCGUCUGAAUCUCUUGAAGCGGCGCGCAGCUGCCCUGAGGGAGACGACGGCUGGCGGUGAGCAGAGGGACGAGCACAUAAGCCAUACGCAUGCCUUUGACGACUUGACGGACCAGGAGAAUGCUGACUUCCGGUAUAUAUACUAG